UCGUAUUUGCAGUAAAAUAAAGUGGAUAUUUUAGUAUUUUUGUUCGCUUUCCGCCACCCAACUUUCUAACGUCAACGAUUUCAGCUGCGCGCUUUUCCAACGGCUUUCCGCAGAGCCGCCGUCGCCGCCGAACAAACAAUAAUAAUGAAAAGCGCCAGACGAAAACCGAAGAGCUAAUUGACCAACCAGUAUUAUAGCCAUUUGUUAAUUGUUAAUUCCGGCUAUCAACGUGUUAAUAUUUGCAUAUCAGUCGACCAAAUUUUCGGGUUUUUAGCCAAGUAGUGUAAUAAAAUCAAAAUAAGUUGAAAGCAAAAAAUCCUUAAUACACACACACACCGAAGCAGACGUCUGGUGGGAGUGUGUGUGCGUGAGUGUGGAUGUGUGUUCAUGCGCAGGCGCCAAUUCGCGUUUCUGUGCAUUAAUUGCUUUUCGCAAAGUACUCUGCAAUACGAUCGAAAGCCUUCGCUGGCUACUACCAUGUAGAAUCACAUAUCAGCUCUCAAGCAAUUGAAGUCAGAGAGGAAUCAUGGUGGAAUCCUCGAGUCUGGGGAGGACCCCACCGGCGGCCCAGCAACCCAUUCCGCAGCAGCACUCCCCUUCGCCCUCGGGAUUGCGGUGCGGCAACAUGGAGACGAGGGUGAGGGGCGCCUGGUACCGCGUCCUUGUCACUCUUGAAACGGACUUCCUGGCCGUAAGCCUGGACGAAUCUUGUGAGGCGGCGCAACCAUCCAACGAUGGACAAUCUACAACCCUGAAUGGAACAUUGGGGAGCAAUCACAGUGGCGGAGGAGGCGGUGGUGCAGGAGGAGGUGGUUCUGGUGGAGCCGGCCAGAACGGCACUCUGCCCAGUUCUGCUUCGCUCCAGGGGAUGAAUAUCCAGGACACAGAACUAGAUGGCUCCGGCAGCAACGACAAUGGCGAUCUUUGCCUGAACAACAACAACAAUGCCGGCGACGGGGGCGGCAUGGAUAUGUGCGACGUACCUGACCAUGUGGCCAACCAGAAGCGGCAUGUGCGGAUCAUCAAGUCGGACAACAAUGGCCUGGGCAUCUCCAUCAAAGGGGGCCGCGAGAACCGGAUGCCCAUCCUCAUCUCUAAGAUCUUCCGAGGCAUGGCCGCCGACCAGGCCAAAGGACUGUACGUGGGCGACGCCAUCCUGACGGUCAACGGGGAGGAGCUGCGCGACGCCACCCACGAUGAGGCGGUGAGGGCCCUCAAGCGAUCCGGUCGAGUGGUGGAUCUGGAAGUAAAAUUCCUACGCGAAGUAACGCCCUACUUUCGGAAGGCGAGCAUCAUCUCGGAAGUGGGCUGGGAGCUCCAGCGGGCCUUCCUCUGUCCGCUGGGACCAGGUGUGCCCACCUCGCCGCCCGCCCCUAAGACGACACCCAGGGCGGACACACGAUAUAUCCCUCUGCAGCUGACGCAUCUGGCCAGGAAUCUCAAGUACAUCGACCCGGAGAAUCGCUGCUUCGAACUGCACUCACCAGACGGAGUGCACUCCUGCAUCCUGCGUGCGGCGGACUCGGCGGAGGCCUUGGUCUGGUUCAAUGCCCUCCACUCGGCGAUGGGCAGCAGCACGCAGCGGGCUUUGGCCGAGGCCAACCGAGCCCUGACCAACCUCAUCGGAGAACUGAAGCACAUCGGUUGGCUGAGCAAGCGGAUGAGCGGCAGCGGAGGUGGCAGUUCAGGUAGCGCCGGAGGUGGAGCGGCCAGCGGGGGUAGCGGCACCUCCAACAGCGGCGUAGCCGGCGAGCUGGUAAGUCCCAGCGGUCGUUCCAGUUCAGAGAGUUCCGAUGAGAGCGACAAGUGGCUGCCCAUCUUCGUGGCGGUCACAGAGCGCGAGUUCCGGAUAUACGAGAGUGCUCCCUGGUCGGUGGAGGCUUGGAGUCGUCCCCUGGAGAUCUAUGCCCUGGCCACGACCCGUCUGGCAGGAGCCGGCAACAAUUCCUCCCUGAAUGGCCAGCAAACCACGGUGUUCUGCGUCCGCUGCGGCACCGCCCGUGGGGUUCUCGUCUACUGGCUGCGCUCGGAGACGCAUCGGGACAUGGCCGCCUGGGCCAGAUCCCUCGUUCAGGGCUCCCAUCAGGCGGUCAACUACCAGAGGGAGUUCUCGUUCCGCUGCCUGUUCCAGGGCCGGCAGUGUCAAUUGGUUGUGCACAUAAAUCGUGGCUUCUUUCUGUACGAUUGCGGUGGAUUCGCUCCGACCACUCCGACGGUGGCUACCUCCAAGACGCAGCUCUGGCAGUUCGCCUUCGACAAGCUGAAGGGCUCCGCGGAUGAUGGCAACCGGAUGUUGUAUCUGGACUUUGGCGAUGACGGGGAAAUUGAACUUGACAUGGAAUGCUGUCCCAAGCCGGUUGUUUUCGUGGUGCACAACUGCCUGUCGGCCAAAGUUCAUAACAUUGCCUAGGACGAGGUUGAAUUAGAAGGGACAAUCGAAUAAUUGUUGAUGUUUUGGAUAUAGUCGAUGUAUAUUUGGGUUCCGUAAACACAACUGUGCAAAUUAUGUUGUAAUUAGAUUGUCCAAUCUGGUAUUGUUUUUCAAAAAGUAUUAUUACUUACAUUUCCACCAGACUCUUAGCCUAACCUUUGUUUUUUAUUAAGCUUUGGAUACAUUUCUUUAAGUGCAAUAUUUUGUUAACUCUGUCAAUUAACCCAGAUGUAAUAAAUAAAUUCGCAUUUAACGAUUUAAUUUGUAAGCCUAAUUUGUAGAUCAGCCUAAAAGCUGGCCACAAAAUAUUACGAUUCGAUAUGAAAUUGUAGCUUCUGUUCUGCCUAAAAUAUUAACAUUUCUAAAUGUAAGUCUUACCGAAAUAACGACUUAGUUAAUAUAGCAAGGAAAGGAUUAGAUAGUGGUAGAUGAGUGAGCAUUUCGCGCUUCCUGGUGGCCAUGGAAAUAGAUUAGAUGGAUAGCUAUAGCUGGAAGAUGAAGACAGGAAGGUAGAUCUUUGAAAAAAGCUAAGGAAAAACACGAAGCACAAACCAAAAAUAUAAAAUAAUGACAAACAGAACAACUUUAUUUAACUUGUAAGUAGUCAUAAAUUCAUUUUAUACGUGUGUCGUCUACACAGAAUACCAUCUAAAGUGAAAUCGAAAAACGAAAUCUAAUUCUAUAACUCCACAACAUUUGCAUAAACGUUGAACAAUAAUUAUCAUAAUUGUACUUAACUAAUUGUAUCUUGAAUCUUGUAUCUAAACGAAGCACACAUAUCUCGAGGCCCACUCUGUGGCAUCGAUACCGAUCGCGGACUAGGCUCCAGACUAAACUAUAUAUAAGCCAUAUAGUUACCUAACGAUACGAGUAUAUCCAGGCCAUUUCGCAAUUUCUCCCCACUCUUCAUGUACAAGCCAUCGAUCAUAUGCAAUUAUUAUACAUUUAUAUCUACAUAUAACACGACACAUACUCAUUUUAUGAAAUUAGAAAUUUCGUUAUAGACAAAGCCACACAAAAGAAGAACAACAAAAGUAAUACAAGCAAACAGUAAUGACAGAAAUCAAUAAGAAAUAACAAAGCAUAAGACGUACAAUAUUUUUAACGUAAGUAGUGUUGAAUCUUCGAUAAUAAACUUAUAUAUAUAAAUACUAUACCAUCAAA